AUGGCGAGGCCACUCCCCAACAUCAUCGUCACCGGCACCCCUGGCACGGGCAAGACGACUCACUGCGAAGUGCUGGCCGAGAAGACGGGGCUGAAACACAUGAGUGUGAACCAGAUCGUCAAGGAGAGAGAAUGCCACGAGGGCUGGGACGAUGAGUAUCAGAGCUGGAUCGUCGACGAGGACAAGCUGCUUGAUGCCAUCGAGGAGGAGUGCAAGGCUGGCGGGUGCAUCAUCGACUGGCACGCAUGCGAUUUGUUCCCCAAGAGCUGGAUCGACCUGGUUGUUGUGCUGAGGGUGGACUCGGCGGUGCAUUUUGACCGGUUAAAGGCGAGGAACUACCCAGAAGUCAAGCUGCAGGAGAACAUAGAUUCGGAGAUCAUGGAGGUGUUAUUACAGGAGGCACGGGAGUCUUACGACGAGGAGAUCGUGGUGGAGCUUCAGAGCAACACUACCGAGGAGAUGGAGACCAACAUAGAGCGUAUCGAGGCGUGGUUGAAGCAGUGGAAGGAAGACAAUGCGAACCGAUGA